CCCGCGCAGAGGUUUAAUCGCACAGCAAUUUUCUCCUUAGAGCCCGAAACUAGUGGGCUCCAGGGCUGGGAGAUGGUGGAAGGACCAGGUUGUACUCUAAAUGGAGAGAAAAUUCGAGCGCAGGUGUGCCCCGGCCAGGCGGUGAUGGAGGUGCGGGGAAGCGCUCUGCAGAGCCUGGAGGACCCCCGGUUGCCCCACGCAGCCUCGGCGGCUGCGGUUUCUUCCCAGGCUAAUAAUAAAGAUUCCAGCCAGAAUAUCUUGAGGCUGUUUAAAGGACACAUUUAUAGUGGCGUGGAAACUUUGGGGAAGGAGCUCUUUAUGUACUUUGGGCCAAAAGCUUUACGGAUUCAUUUUGGAAUGAAAGGGUCCAUCAUGGUUAAUCCAUCUGAGCAUACAAAUAAAAAUGGAGUUUCUCCUGUGUUGGAAGUGCAGCUCACCAAAGAUUUGAUUUGUUUCUUUGAUUCAUCAGUAGAACUCAGAAACUCAACAGAAAGCCAACAGAGAAUAAGAAUGAUGGAAGAAUUAGAUGUCUGUUCACCUAAAUUUAGUUUCUCACGUGCGGAAAGGGAAGUGAAAAGGCAGACAAGGCGGAUGCUCUGUGAUGUGUUAAUGGAUCAAAGAGUGUUGCCCGGGGUAGGCAACAUUAUCAAAAACGAAGCUCUUUUUGACAGUGGUCUCCACCCAGCGGUUAAAGUUUGUCAGUUAACAGAUGAACAGACCCAUCACCUCGUGAAAAUGAUACGUGAUUUCAGCAUUCUUUUUUACAGAUGCCGUAAAGCAGGAUCUGCUGUCUCUAAACUCUAUAAGGUUUACAAGCGUCCUAAUUGUGGUCAGUGCUACUGCAAAAUAACUGUGUGUCGCUUAGGGGAGAAUAACAGAAUGACAUACUUCUGUCCUCACUGUCAAAAAGAAAAUCCUCAACAUGUUGACAUAAGGAAGUUGCCAACUAGAAACAGCACCGUCAGCUGGACAUCUAGCAGCAGGGAUCGUCUUAGCGGCGACGUAGCACGGAAAUGUGAAGAGCAGUGGACAUGUGUGAGCUGCACGCUGAUCAACAUGCCUUCUUCUAUGGCGUGCGAUGCUUGCCUGACUGCAAGGCCUAUUGAUUCAAUACUCAAGAAUGAAGAAAAUUCUAUUGCCUUUAACAACUUGGUGAAAUACCCUUGUAAUAACUUUGGAAAACUAAGUACAGAAGUAAAGAUCAACAGGAAAACUGCAUUUGGAGCUACAACCCUCGUCUUGACCGACUUUAGCAAUAAAUCUGGUACUUCGGAAAGAAAAAAAAGCCCAAACCAGAUACUAGAUGGGGAUUUUCAAAACGCUCCUCCCACCGUCUGUUUUAAUGAUACACCACACCCCUCCAAGGAGAGAGCCCACAAUGUAACUCACCUGUCUAACACAGCAUCACCCACAGUUUGCUCUCAGUCUAAAUUAUUUAGUCCAGCAUAUAAAAAACAGAAAACAACUCGUUACUCAUCGCCAGGUCUUGAAAGUUGCAAUGGUGGACUCUCUAACAGUGAACUUCAAUUUAAUAUGACAGAUGGCACUUGUACAUUAACUGCUUGCAGACCUCACUGCAGUAAACACAACCGCCUCUGCGUUCUCCGAGUUGUGAGGAAGGAUGGCGAAAACAAGGGCCGGCAGUUUUAUGCUUGUCCUCUACCUAGAGAAGCACAAUGUGGAUUUUUUGAAUGGGCAGAUCUGUCCUUUCCAUUCUGCAACCAUGGCAAACGCUCCAUCAUGAGAACUGUGUUGAAGAUUGGACCUAAUAAUGGAAAGAAUUUUUUUGUGUGUCCUCUUAGUAAGGAAAAACAGUGCAAUUUUUUCCAGUGGGCAGAAAAUGGACCAGGAGUAAACAUUCCAGGAUGCUAAUAUUUUCUCCUGUAGAAUAUCUGGCAUUUAAUCUCUUCACCCUAUGUAUGUUG